AUGAGUGAUUCGUUCAUCUUCGACAGUGAUGAUGAUGAUGAUGCAGAUGCUGCUGCUGAUGAUGCUAGUGCUAGUGCUGUCGACGAUAAUGAUGUUGAUGCUGAUUAUACUAGUACUGGUACUGAUACCGGUGUUGCUGCUGCUAAUGCCGAUGCAGCUGCUGGUGGUAAUGCUAGUGCUGACGACGAUGAUGUUGAUGUAGAUGCCGAUGGUAUUGCUGCAGAUACCGAUGCUCUGCUGAUGAUGAUGCUAAUGCUGCUGAUGUUGAUGCUAGUGUUGAAGAUGAUGCGCAAGGUUCUGGAGCUGAGUUCCGGUCUCGAUGAUAUUGGCGAUAUCGUAUGGGCUCCAACGUUGUGUUUGCUAACGGUUUACAUCAUAUGCUACUUCAGCUUAUGGAAGGGAAUAAAGGGGUCUGGAAAGGUUGUGUGGUUCACGGCAACGUUCCCGUACGUGGUUUUGUUCAUCCUGUUGAUUCGAGGGGUUACUCUGGAGGGUGCUGGGAAGGGAAUCCGUUAUUAUAUAGUUCCAAAGUUUGAGAGUCUUUUACAAGCUAAGGUUUGGUUUGAGGCAGCAACACAAAUCUUUUUCUCACUGGGCCCUGGGUUUGGAGUAUUACUUACAUUUGCUAGCUACAACAAAUUUCAUGACAACGUUUAUCGGGAUGCAAUUGUCACAAGUUCGAUUAACUGCUUUACAAGCUUCAUCUCGGGAUUGGUUGUGUUCGCAACACUUGGUCACAUGGCAUUGCGGCAACGAAAGGAGAUUGAAGAUCUAAAGGGUCUUGAGGGUCCUGGACUUGUAUUCAUCACAUACCCCGAAGCGCUCUCUAUGAUGCCGGGUGCUAGUUUUUGGUCUUUGCUGUUCUUCCUCAUGUUGAUAACGAUAGGAUUGGAUAGUUCUUUUGGCGGAUCUGAAGCUAUCAUCACUGGAAUUUCCGAUCAAUUUCCAAAAACCAUUAAAAAGCACCGAGAGAUCUUCAUUGCUUGCCUCUUUACUUUGUAUUUUCUUGUUGGCCUGGCAUUUAUGUCACAGGGUGGAACAUAUCUAUUCACAUUAUUCGAUGUAUUUACUAUUCAAUAUUCCAUUGUAUUUGUUGUAUUUUGUGAAGCCAUUGCCGUGUCUUGGUUUUACGGAGUCGAACGAUUGUGUGGCGAUAUUAAAGAAAUGCUUGGUUUUCAUCCGGGAAUAUUUUGGAGGCUUUGUUGGACUAUCAUUAGUCCAGCAAUAUUAAUGGCGAUCGUAAUAGGAGGAUUCGUGACGUUCACACCGUUGGAAUUGUACGGUUAUGUAUACCCUGAUUGGGUGAUGGCUAUCGGUUGGUUAAUAGCGUGUUCGUCUAUGUCAUGUAUUCCGAUUGUUGCCAUCUACAAAUUAGUAACGACUAGUGGGACUAUCUCGGAGAAAUUUAUGAAGAAUAUUAAAACGCCAAAACAAUACCCAGAAUUGCCUGAUCGUGAUGGUGUACUGUGGUAUAGUCCGUUUGUUCAGAAUGGAACUCGUAUCUAAAUUCUGAUUAUCGAUUGAAACAAGUAACUGAGCUCAACUGUCCGUGGUAUGGGCCGUAGGAGAUAAUAGUGUACUGGUGUAACAUAUACAGAUAAAGCUAAACGUAAUCGCUUUGACGUUAUUGUUACGAUGAAAGGUUUUAGGCCUAUGUUGAUUUCAUACAAUAAAUGAAGUUCGAUAAUUUGGAAAACAUGAUGGAAAUAAUAUUGGGAAUGAAAAAAAACUUGAGCGAGGAGGAAAUUAAAUAAUAGAUAUUGUGAUAUGAACGGGAGAUGGAAAAUAGAGGAAAUCAUUAGGAGAAAUGAUAGUAAAAUGGGAAGACUUAAUGAUGGAGGAAGCAGUAACUAUGAUAAGGAAAACGAGUUUGGAGAAGAAUAAACAACAUGCAGCACUACAGAAGAAUUUAGAAAGUUAAAAAAUAAUGAAAUGAUGUACCAUUCCAUUGAGUGUACUGCCCUGUCCCACCAUCUGUUUACUCUCUUGGUGUUUUUAAAGUUUCUUGAUGCGUUGGCCUAAUACUAGGCCUAAAUAUCAAGUUUAAAGUUUCGUCAGUUGUUAACAAAAAUGUUGAAUAUUAUUGUAUAGGCAAUGAGCAUUACGACGUGACCUCAAUUUCAUUAAUCCUAUUAAAAAAGUAAAAAUACUGUUCUAAAUGGGUAUUGUUUAGCAUCGAUAUAUUUAUUAGUAAAAUAUAUUUCUACUUGUAAAGUGUUUCUAAUGAAUUUAGAUGGUAUGACAUCGCGUAUUAAUCCUUGUAUAUAAAAUGAAUCUGUAGGCUUAAGGCAUUGUUGACGUAUAAUGUAGUAAUAAAAUUGUAGGCCUACUAAUAUGGCAUUAUUCGGACGUGUAUUCAAAGUUAUGUCUUUGUACUAGGUCUAGGCCUAAUUAAGAAAAUAUAUGUAUACAGCGGGCAUACAAAUAUUUGUAUACCCCUGAAGAAGUGAAAGUCAGCCCACCGGUAUGAGUUAGGUCUACAGUACCCGAGUACAGUAUUGUAUCUCGUUUUGAUGUAACUGUGGACUCCUUUCCUAUGCUCAUUCACCGACUAUUGCUGUACAUCGUAUCUACUGGCUACCAAUAGAUUCCCAAACGAUACUGAUCCUGCAUUUUGACACAGGCCUAGUCUACCAUUUUCUGGACAAUUAGUCUUCAAAUUAAUAUUAGUAAUAGUAGGCUACAAAAACCAAAAACAAAUUAUAUACAUAAGCCUAUAUAUUUCUUUCUACUGAUUAAAGAUUUCAAUCAAUCUAGUACAUAAUUAUCAGGACAUUUAAUUUCCAAUCUCUCUUUAUAAAUUGUUAAAGUUCGUUCGAUGCGAAACUUGUCAGAAACUUCAGUUUUAAUUAUGUCUGCUAUUUUCCCUAAAUUAAACGUUUUCUCUCUGUUCAAUGUAGUUAUUAUAUUUUCCGAGUUUUAGGCCUACAUUACUCUCUCGCGAAGAGAUUUCAUUCGCAUCUCAAAUACGGUAUCAUUCCGGGCAAUGUCAUUAACGCUUCUUGUAUAUAAUACCUGUGUAUAGGUUUAUGUGAACAUUAUGUAAAUACUUAUAUUGUGAUUUCCCUUGUCAUAAUGGGUAAAGUAGCUAAGAAAAUUAUAAACAACACAGUAUUAAAUUAAUAAAUAGGUAAUAGGCCUAAUAUUAAUGAUUAGUUCACCUGUUCAAAGAACUUCAAGGGUAUGCUAUAAUUAAUUAGCAUUUUGAGAGACGGUGUGUGUGUAUAUACUGUACUUUGAACAACCUAAGCAUUUUCAUAUUACAUAAAUUAUAUACAGCAUAUAGCCGUUAAAACGCCUAUUCGUUAUUUUACAUAAAGUUAUAUACAUAGCCUGGUUGUUUACACAAAAGAUCGUAUUAGAUCUUUGGGGUUUACACAGUAAUGAUAAAUGAGGGCGCAAUCUAUCCCUAACCGUAAGGUAGGCAAAUUUGAGUUAUAGCUGGUAAAAUAACAUAUUCCUAUAGACAAAUUUAUAAACUUGUGUUAGGUACCUUCUUUAAAUCUUCUCCAUGCAUUUGACCACAUUCUGGUUUUCAAAAAGUGCAAAACAAUUUGAAAUCAUAAUGCUAUUAGUGUACUACAUACAAUUAAUAAUUAUUUUACUGAAAGAGAAACAAAAGUAAUCUAAAUUCACUGCCAUUGUCUUUAAAAAAAAAAGUUAAAGUAAAACUAUUGGCAGUUGUAGAGAAAUUUAUUUUACUUUCAAGUAAAAAAUCAGGGUAUGCUACUCCCAAGACAAUCAAUCAAUCGAUUUCAAUUUAAUGAGAAAUACAAGGUCAACUUAUAUUUGUGGUAAAGCGGGUAUAAAUCAACAAAGGUCAACCUUUUGGCGGGUAAGACUUUUGCCACAUAAUUUCUUGGCUUCUGUCUGUAUGGUAACAUAAAAUACACCUAUUUGUGAAGAAAAUUAUAUUAUUUGUAAUUUUGGUGGUAUACUUGGUGACAUGAAAUACUGUGAAAUUUUUGUAAACGAUAUAUUGCAGUUAGAUGUUAUAUAUUAAAGAAAACCAAACAUCAUUGAAAAAAACAUGCCAACUUAAGUUUUAAAUUGAUUUUUUGUUUACUCUUAUUACAUCUAAGAAUAGAAUAUUCAUUCAGCGGAGUGUAUGUAUGUUUUCAAAAAAUUUUAAAGCAUGUGUAUUAAAAAAAAUUAUUUGAAAUAACCUCUGACAAUAACGUGCCAAAUUAUGUGCCAAAAACUAGCUCGUUUUGGAGAUGGUCGAGGAACAAAGAAUAGAAUCAAGAUUUGGUAAAAGUACAGAUUCACAGUUGUUUACAUCAUUUUAUUCAGCAAACUCACCAAUAAAAUGUGAGGUCUUUUUUAUAAUACAGUAUGUAUCCAAUCAUUUUGAAUCUGUAUGUUUAUGUUUUAAUUCAGUUUACAAAAUUGGUGUAGAAAAACAAAUGAAUGAAAUCAUUCAUUCUAUUUCCAUUAGGGCCUGCAUGCAUUGUAGUGUGUUAUCAAACCUUUUCUUUUCUUUUCGAAGUUUUACUGUGUUAAUACUUUUGUAUUUCAAAUUGCUUAUUCAAAACCAAAUGGCACAGAAUCCAAACAAUCAGUCUUUUUAUUUCACUUAACUGUUUUGUAAAUUUUGUACAUUGUACUUGUUGUGAAGAAUGAAUAAAAAAAGUAGAUUCAA